GUGAUGGGCGCGGAGGCCUGAGGGCGGCGGUUGGUGCGCCAGGUGUGAGUGCGAAAGGGACGUCGCGACGAGAACCAUGGAGGUCCAGUUCCGACGAGAGCUCGGGACGCCGCCGGCUCCGUCCUCCGGUGGCGGGAGCGGCAAACCUCGUGAGGAGAAGCGGACAGCCCUGAGCAAGGUGGUCGUCCGGCGGCUCCCGCCCGGCCUCACCAAGCGGCAGCUGGAGGAGCAGCUGCGGCCGCUGCCCGCGCAUGACUACUUUGAGCUCUUCCCCGCAGACCUCAGUCUUCACCCUCACCUCUACUCGAGAGCGUACAUCAACUUUAGGGAUCCAGAUGAUGUCCUUCUCUUCAGAGAUCGUUUUGAUGGAUUUAUCUUCACUGACAACAAAGGCCUGGAGUACCCAGCAGUGGUUGAGUUUGCUCCAUUCCAGAAGGUGGCCAAGAAGAAGCUGAAGAAGAAAGAUGCCAAGACGGGAAGCAUUGAAGAUGAUCCUGAAUACAAGAAGUUUUUAGAAACUUACUCUGUAGAAGAGGAAAAAACCAGUGCCAGCCCAGAAAUCCUGCUGGGAGAGCUGGAGGCAAGGGCAAGGGAGCUCACAGCUAGAAGAACCACACCUCUUUUGGAAUAUAUUAAAAGCAGAAAGUUGGAAAAACAGAGAAUUCGAGAGGAGAAGCGAGAAGAACGAAGAAGAAGGGAGUUAGAGAAGAAACGCUUGCGGGAAGAAGAGAAAAAAAAAAGGAGGGAAGAAGAAAGAUGCAAAAAAAAAGAGACAGAUAAGCAAAAGAAAAUCACGGAGAAAGAUGUAAGGAUUAAGCUUCUUAAGAAACCAGAAAAGGGAGAGGAACCACCCACAGAGAAACCAAAAGAAAGAGGCGAGGAAACUGGUGUUGGAGAUGGAAAGCCAGAGGUCGUGAAGGCGCGGCCCUUGGAGAGCUCACUGGAGGAGCUCAGGGAGAAGUGAGCAAGCUUUCCUUGUUACUGCCCCUCAGCUCCUGUCGUGUGUGCGCCUGUGUCCAUCCACAUGCGCAGUGUUCUAGGACAAGAACACACUUGUUGUGCAAGGAACCCCGGGUGCCCAGGGAGAACCCCGGGUGCCCAGCUGCAGUCUGCUGUAGCUCAUGGCUGUGUCUUGGACACUCUUCUGUUUUCCCUGCUCUCUGCUCCUGGAAUGGGGACCCUGUGUUUUAGGUCUUCGGUUCUCAUGAGUUUUGUCAGUUUGCCAUGAGGUGCGUGCCUCAUGAUCCCUACAGACACAGGCUGUUUGUCUAGAAGUAGAUCCGAAGGGUUAUGUCAGUUGUCUUCCUUGGCAGCUGUGGGUUUGUUCCUGCCUUCUGAAGGUCUUGCCUCUGUCUGCCUCCUAGGGUGUCCACAUGCAGUGAGUGGCAGGAGUGCUGGUGCUGGGACAAGAAUGCUUUUUGUGCAGCUCUGGAGGGAGCUUCUCUGGACAUAGUCCUUUGAGGGGGGUAAGAUUUAUUUACUUUGAAGGCAGAGUUAGGUCUUCCAUCCUCUGGUUCAU